AUGGCAGUAUUUAUGUUGAACGUUUGUAAAUUUAAUGCUUGCGGUUUAACAUUUAAAAGUUUAGGACAUCUAAUUCAACAUAUCGAAGAAACACAUAUCGACUAUGAUCCACUGGUCGUUGAACAAUUUGAACAACAGCAACCACAAUGUAUACCCUUGAGUUAUGCUCUACGUUUCCUCACGGAUUCAACCAGAGAAAAAGAAAAAACAUUGACACGCACCAAAUCAACUACAGAAGACAGCAAUGACUCGUGGGCAACAUCCGAAGAAUUCUCAUCGGACUACAUUCUACGCUAUGGGAGCAGGGUUGUCGGUCAAACAAUAAUCAAUCAGAACAAUAAUAACACGGAUAAGCCAUUCGUUUGUCCAGUACCUGGAUGUAAAAAGCGUUAUAAAAAUGUCAAUGGGAUCAAGUAUCAUUCUAAAAAUGGUCAUAGAGACAACGGCAAGGUUCGUAAAGCGUUCAAGUGCUCAUGUGGUAAGAGUUACAAAACAACGUACGGCCUAAAAAAUCAUGCUGCAAUACAGCACACUUGCAGCGCUUCAGGAUUACAAAUAAAAUUAACAAAUAAAUCAUUAAUUAAGACUGCAAAUGAAUUUGAUAAUUUGUCUUCAAUUAAUGCUGGUAAUUCUUCUGGAGAUACUAAAAUUUCUUUAAAGGUAUCCUCGUUGUCUUCUUCUACUUCUUCUUCUAAGACUAAAGUCUCAGCAAUUGAAGAUCAUGGUUACAUUAAAUCAGAAUUUAUUGAAUGUGAUGAUGAUUUGGGAAUUCUUACGCCAGCUUCUACGCCACCGCUGUCAGUGCAAGGUUCUAUUAAAAGUGAACAGCAACAAUUUAUUGUUAAUGGACGUAAUUUGCACAAGUACUUUGCUAGUACACCUAAAGGUAAUACGCAACGUCGUCAGGUUAAAAAUGAGUACUAA